CUGCUGCUCCAAGGUCUACACAUCUCCGUUCAGUGAUUCGAUUUAUACUUGAAUUACCAGACUGUUUCAGGAUCCAGGAGAGGUUUUGGUACCAAAGCCCUUGAGUUCUCACUUUCGGUGCCGCAGUUUACCAAUUAUAAGGGAAAAAGGAAGAUGGACACUACUACUUGGAUGCCAGAUGUUGAGGAAAGCACAAGUUUUGACUACACUGGAAUAGUAACACCAUUCCAAAACAAACAUGUCACAGCAUUCAUUUCCAAAUUUGUGCCACCACUUUACUCUUUGGUGUUCAUAUUUGGCCUGGUGGGCAAUGCUUUGGUUGUGCUGAUCCUCAUCCGAUUCAAGAAACUCAAGAGCAUGACCGAUAUCUACUUGCUCAAUUUAGCAAUCUCUGACUUGCUUUUCAUUUUCUCGCUUCCAUUUUGGGCGUAUAAUGCAACAGUCUCCAGGUGGAUGUAUGGAGAUGCCAUGUGCAAAAUCCUCUAUGGAAUCUAUCGUGUAGGCUUCUACAGUGGAAGCUUCUUCAUCAUCCUUUUGACCAUCGACCGGUACUUGGCAAUUGUUCAUGCAGUGUUUGCACUGAGAGCUAGGACAGUCUUCCACGGCGCUUUCUCAAGCAUCGUCACGUGGCUUGUGGCGUUUUUAGCCUCUGUACCAGCAUUCGUUUUUAAACGUGUUCAAGAGGAAUAUGAGGGCAACAUCAAAUGCCGCUCUCUUUAUCCCAAUGGAAAGGAAAGAGAAUGGAAGCAAGUUGUAACUUUAAUGAUGUUCAUUUUGGGCAUAGCCAUUCCAUGGGUCAUUAUGGUCUUCUGCUAUGUUCAGAUUAUAAUGGUUUUGACUAAGAGUAGGAAUGUGAGAAAGCAGAAGGCUGUCAGGCUUAUUUUUGUAAUCAUGAUUGUGUAUUUCAUCUUAUGGAUGCCAUACAACAUAGUCAAUUUGCUGCACACCUAUCAAAAUUCAAUGUUGUCUGGUAGCUUGAACAAUGGUAGUUCCUAUCUAGAUGUAGCUGUCGACGUGACAGAAAUCAUUUCCAUGGUCCACUGCUGUCUCAACCCUGUGAUCUAUGCCUUUGUGGGGGAAAAAUUCAGGAAAUAUCUCCUAAUACUUUUCCAAAAGCAUAUAUCAGUUUACUUGUGUAAGCUCUGUCCAGGUCGGGAUCGUCCUUAUUUAGAACGGACUACUUCGACCUCUAUAAGUACAACAGAGCAUGAUAUUUCUACUGGUUUGUGAAGUGCUUUCCAGCUCUCUGUGUGUUUAUGUCUUCUUUUCUUGAACAGUUUUCAUUAUUAGUGUGACUGAGUUACACCAGAUUGCUAAAAGGGAGAGAAAGACAAUAAAGUGAAUGCAUUUGAGGAACCUAUGAACUUUGGAGGGAAGCCCCUUCCUCCUAAGAACUGCCAAGAGAAGAGAAAAGGAAGAUUACAACAGACACAGGCAGGAUCUACACUUUAUAACGGUAUUGACAACUGUUGGGGCCAAUGUUAUAUCCAGUGUUAUAUCCUGCUUGAGGGAGAUCUGGCCAUAUUCUGAACAACCCCAUUCCCCAAUACCUACUCUAAUAUAUGUUGCAAAAUCUCUCACACAUAUCCUGGGGAAACUACUGAGCAUGCACACAUGUAUGUAUGUAUGUAUAAAUAAAUACCAAACUCUAGCUUUGGAAAUUAAAUGUGCUUUAGAGUAUCUUUCUAAAUAUAAGAUGCAGACAUUGAAUCGAAGUACUCUGAAACUCAGGAAGCUCACCGCUGACGUGUCUUCUGGAUAUGUAAUCGGUAUAGAACAUUUGAAGCUGGAUCAUCAGGAGCAUUGAUAAGGAUGUUAGACUCUGGAUUUGGUGAGGACUGGACAGGACUAGAUGCUGAGGCCCUAAAGCCAUAUCAAGAUACAGAGGACCUAUACCCAAAAAAUAAAGAGAAAAUGUGAAUUAUAUUGUAAUACAUGAAAGGGUACUACCCAGCAUUAGUGGGUGCUUGGAGUUAAACAGUGUUAGUUAGCCUUCUCUGUGGAUGGGUAUAAAAGCACUAAUAAAGUAAAUUGAUUUGAACUUCUAAA